AUGAAGAGAUUAAAAACAUUAGAAAAGAAACAUCCAAAUGUUUUUCUAUGGAAAUCUAGUAUUAACAACCAUUUAUGGUGGUCGGCGCAAACUUGCCAAGGAAAUGGUAAAAUAUUGGUUGAAAAAUUUUUAUCAGUUUUACAUCAUAUUAGUAAUGAACACGAAUGGGAAACGAGUGGAGAAAUAAAACGAUGUGAACAUGAGUCAAUAUCAGAAAAAGAAUCAAAUGAAAAAUUAUGGAUUAACCCUCUGAGUGAAUCAUUUUUUGCGUUAAAAAAAAUUUUAACAGCGAAAGAUUUUAUAAAAGAUUUGGAACAGGCAAAACAUUUUGUUCAUACGGGUCGGUUAGAAUCUUACCACAAUGUACGACUAAAAUAUAUGCCGAAGCGUAUACAUUUAAAAUAUAAUGGUAUGUAUUUACGUUCCAUUUUAGCAAUACUAGAUCAUAAUUAUAACACAGGCAAAAACAUAAUUGGUGAUAAAAUGGUUUUUUCGAAAUCUCUUCGAAAAUACACAAUAAAAAAUACUUACGAACGAUCAAAGAUGGAUUGGCGGAAACAAAUUAUGAAUAAGAUUGAAGAAUUGUCAAAAGAAAAUAUCUUAGAACCUAUGAAUAUCUCUGAAAAUGUAUCUGUUCCACAAAAUAUCGUUCUUUUACCGAAACCAGAUUUAGUCGAAAUGCGUGAAAAAAAAUAUUCAAGAUUUUCUAAUAAAUAA